AUGUCAGACUGGACUUCGGACUCGAACGAGGCCUUGCACUUGUCUCUCGUGCGGGGCAAGAAAGAUAAGGAAGUACUAGGUGAAGAGGAGAAGUACGAAGACUUUCAUCCCACAUUCACGUAUCCGAUUUAUGGAGAAGACGAGAAGAUAUACGGAUACCGAGACUUGGUUAUAGAUCUUCGGUUUGCUUCAGGCUCGCUGGCGCAGUACCUCGACGUGCGCCACUCCGCGAAAUUGACUGCAUCUGCGUCAAAUACCGUCGACGACGUCAAGGGAACGAUCGAAAAGUACAUCACACCCGACUACUACAAGUCAGAGGCCGACUUCCUGGCUCGCGUCGAAGAAGACGCGGUGGGAUUCAAGCCGGUUGGCGAGAAGAUAUACUCCUACACGCGUCCUAGUCCGUCAUCUCGUUCGAAGGGCAAGAGUGUUGCGACGGCCCUCCCAGCAGAGGACGAAGAUGCCAUUGUGUAUGAGGUUUACCACGCGAAAUGGGACACCCCAGGCUUCAGGGAACACCAUAGACGAAUGCAGACAUUCAUUCUACUCUACGUAGAGGGCGGUUCAUACAUUAGCGAGGAAGAAGAAGAGUGGCAAUUUGUCGUACUCUACGAGAAGCGCAAACGAAGGGAUGCUGAUCACACCGAAACUUAUCACUUCAUCGGCUAUUCGACGCUAUACCCGUUCUUCUGCUUCCCCGACAAGGUUCGACUCCGACUGAGCCAGUUUGUCAUCGUCUCGCCUUUUCAACAUCAGGGCCAUGGCCAGGAACUCUACACGGCGAUCUAUCAAUACGUGUUAUCCCAGCCGCACAUAGGCGAGCUGACAGUCGAAGACCCCGCAGAAGCUUUCGAAGAUCUGCGCGACCGCGUAGAUAUGCGCAUGCUCCUAAAGCAAACUCAAUUCAUGCAGGAAGCCUUUGGCGACUCUAGCCUUGCGUCAGCCGGUGGAGGCAAAGUGGGCGGUGUACGGCCAGGAGGACGCGCGGGAAAGCGCGCUGCGAAAUCCAAGGGCAAGAUGGGCCCCCCGUCGGAUAAGGCGUGGCUCGAGAAGUGGCGCGUUCAAUUCAAAUUGGCCGCCCGCCAAUAUCAUCGCCUCGUUGAGAUGCUGAUCCUUCUUCAUCUGGACCCCGCGGAUACGCUUGCCGCGAAAGCGUACAGGUUACAAGUCAAAGAGCGACUAUACCGCUUCAACUACGAUGCGCUGGCCCAACUAGAGGACAAGGAGCGCUUAGAGAAACUGGAGGAGACCUUCCAGAGCGUAAAGGAGGACUAUCAGCGCAUCCUUGCGACCAUUUAG